AAUGAAUGACGUUACAAUUUGUUGUCAUCGUUAUCAAGUUUUACGUUUUCCUUUAAUUUAAUCGGUUAUAAUAUAAUUACAAAAUAACCUACUUAUUAAAACGUGAUUUGUACUCAAAAUUUUCACGAGCUUGUUUGUUUUUCUAACACAGACAAACACGCUUUAGAUCAAUAUGAAGCCUAAUGGAGGUGGUGAUGACUACGAGGAACCAGAACAUAUGCGCAAACUGUUUAUCGGUGGAUUAGACUACCGAACAACCGAUACGUCUUUGAAGGAAUUUUACGAGCAAUGGGGCGAAAUUGUAGACGUGGUGGUCAUGAAGGACCCACAAACAAAACGAUCAAGAGGGUUCGGCUUCAUUACUUACUCCCAAGCUUCAAUGGUUGACGAAGCACAGAGCAAUCGACCACAUAAAAUUGAUGGCAGGAUUGUGGAACCUAAACGGGCAGUACCCAGGGAAGAAAUCAAGAGGCCUGAUGCAAGUGCUACAGUUAAAAAGCUGUUUGUGGGGGGCCUCAAGCAAGAUAUCGAAGAGGAGGACUUAAAGGAAUACUUCAGCCCUUAUGGAAACAUUGUGUCUGUUAGUUUAGUAACUGAAAAAGACACUGGCAAGAAGAGAGGCUUCGGUUUCAUUGAGUUUGAUGACUAUGAUCCCGUUGAUAGGAUAUGUUUGCAACCGGACCACAACGUUAAAGGGCGUCACCUAGAUGUGAAGAAAGCUUUGUCGAAGUCCGAGAUGGCUGGCGGCUCCCAGGGCGGCGGCGGCGGCGGUAGGCGCGGCGGACGAGGUGGCGGCGGCGGCGGCGGCGGGGCGUGGAACCGCGGCAACGACAACCAGGAUUGGGGGAAUCAGGGAGGGUAUGGACAAGGAGGAGGAUGGGGUAACCAGAAUCCGUGGGAGACCAACAACCAAGGCGGUUGGGGCAACCAGGGCUAUGGAGACCAGGGUGGUUGGGGUCAGCCCCAGAGCUUUGGCGCUGGAUACCAGCAGAAUUACUCAGGAGGGCCUAUGAGGGCCAAUUAUAAUACUUCUCGCCCUCAGCCUUAUAAUCAAGGCGGCAGCGGCGGCGGGGCCGGGUACGCCACGGGGUACAACAGCGCGGGCGGCGCGGCCGCCGGCGCCGGCGCGGGCGCGGCCGCCGGCAACCAGCGCCGCUUCUAGUCCUCUUGUAUCAAGUUGCGCUUAGUUGAAGCUAGGCAGGCAGAAUGUUAGACGGAAGGUAGGCCAGGCGUCAGCUAGCUAGUGAGGGACAAGCGGACUUUAUCAAGUGACUACAAUAACAUAGUCAUUUUACGUUUUUUUCUUCAACUAAGGUUGGUUCACAAUAAGGUACUGUUUAGGCAAUAGAUUCAUUUUUCCUAUUUUUAAGAUUGUAAUAGUGGUUUAGCACUCAAUGCUUUUAUUCUUUUAAUACUAGAAUUUCAACAUACAAGAUUCACUGAAGUAGCUGUUUCCUGACACAAGACAUUUUGCUCAUUUGCCUAGAAUCUAUGUCAUAUUCAAAUAUGUAUUGAAAAAGUAUUAACACGUUCACUGUCCGGGUGCCCCUAAUGUGAGGUCAUAGAUCUUUUUUCAGGAGUCCGUGCUUCCGCUAUGGGUUCACAACUUCAAAGUGGAAGCUCACUUGGACGUGUGACUUUGUGAUAUCAUUUUGUAUGGGGACAGUGAACGUGUUAAAUGCAAAUGAUGAGUAAAAUAAUUACAGGGGCACAAAAAAUUCUGAUUGCCUCGUUCGGUCUUUGGUUUCAAAGUUUGGUGUGUCUGGAAAUUGAUAUUAAGAGGAUGUUGUACUUUGCAUUUUCAGUGUUGAGAGAGUGAAAGUCAAAUCACAGUUUUUACAUUUGACGUGUCACAGUGUCUGUAAUGCACGGAUUUUAGACAGGUAUCUAUCGCACCAGCCGUCCGCAUAAGACGUUAAACACAAGCAGGCGAUUAAUUCUUUUUCAAUUUAUGUAAAAGCUGUGGCUUAAUGCAUUGUUACGUUUCUAGUUCGUAAGUGAGGAAAAAAAACAUUAUGAACUUGACUUUAUUAGUGUUUAAUAUAAAGUCGUGGGUUAUAUUUUAUUUUAAAUUUUUACAUUCAGAAUGCUAGGGCUAGUUUAAAAUUGACAUUCCAAAGGAUCCUAAACAGUUGCUUGGGUGUAAUGCGUUACACGUUAUAUUGAGAAAUUGAGAAUUCAUAUGAUUAUAAUUUGGAUGGCAAUAACUGACUAAUCUGUACGUAAAGUUGUCAAUAUGUAAUUAAUUUUUUUAUUGGAGUGUUGCAUGAAACUUUUAUUACAUACAUUUAAAUAUUUAAAAUUACAAGAUUGUCCACAAAUUUCAAUAUGAUAGUCAAAAUAGAGACAUUAUCUGGCUAAGUAAAUGUUAUUCGCGCGUUUAACCCCAAUUUAUAGUUAAGGAUAAAAUGUCUAUUUGUUUUCGUUUGUUUUUCUCAAUUUUACCUACAAUGUUAAUGUAGAUUCCUCUUACAUAUGUCUGUGUGCAAUAUAUUAAAUAAAAACUGUUUUCCAUGGACUCUUCUACAUGCGGACGAGCGUUCCCCGUGGAAAAGGCCAUGGUAAGUUGACUUUUCCCAAAUAAAUAUAUUUCAACAAUUUAA